AUGAUAAUAUACUAUGAUAUUGUAGCAAGUGAAGACAUAUUCCAAAACAUCCUAGGUCUUUCAUUGAACAAGUCUCCGUGGCGCAAUUGGUUAGCGCGUCCGACUGUUAAUCGGGAGGUUGGAAGUUCAAGCCUUCCCGGGGACGUAGUAACUACAAGGAAUGCUCGCGAUCAACUUGAAAAACUAGCGAACGUAAAUAAAUAA